ACCACAAACACCCGAUGUUUCAACACCUACUUGGAAAAGUAUCCCACAAAGCCCUUGACUUGUUGCAUGGAGAGGCAAUUAGGAGGCUAGAUGUCUUGGAGCGCUUUAAUUCAUCAUGUGGUUGCCAAAUGUGGCACAGCUGUGGGUUGCCCUGUGCUUGUAGGAUAGAAAAGUACAUGCGUGAAGAGCGUCCGAUUCAACUCGAAGACAUAGACGUCUUCUGGCGGAAACUUAACUUCCAAAGUUGUAAAUUGAUAGACGACUCACUUGACGUGGUCGAAGAGCUAGAUGUUGUUAGACAACAAUUACAGUCGCACCCCCCAGCUCAGCAAAAAAGCCUGCUUUCAAAGAUUAAAGCGGUGUUGACUCCAACGAAAUCUACCAAGAAACCACCGGUUGUCCAACAAAAUACUCGUGGCCGACCAACAACAAAGCAGGUACAAGAAAGGUUGGACGAGGCCUCUCGUAUAGAUGAAGAAUUGAGGAGAAGCUCCUUCGGUGAUGCAAACACGUGCUUUGAAGGUUCACGACAAAGUAAGUACGAUAAACCUCGCCACAGCUCGUACGUUCCGUCUCAGGCCUCACAACAGUCGGUUAUAAGGUCCCAAAAACCCAAAGCGACCCUAAGCCGUUCAAAGAGUUCUAAGAAGAAAGAGACACGAGAUGAUCACGGUUUUCCUUUAAUCAUUGGGGACGAGUACGUGGGAAUCAUCGAACGGUUUAAGUCUGACAUUCCGCCAGUGUUCCAUCCGUACGUCUCGUGCAUACGAGAUGUGAUGCCGGACGGUCAUUGUGGGUUUCGGUCUGUGGCUGUGGGCUUAGGGAUGGAUCAGAGUUCAUGGGGGCUUAUUAGGAGGGACCUUGUCCAAGAAAUGGAUCAGAACGAAUCGAUCUGGUUCCCAAUAUUUGAAGCAUGGGCUGAUGGUUAUUUUCACACGCAUCGUCAGGGCCUAAUUUGGGAUUCAGUGGCCGGUUGUGGGGAGAAUCACUGGAUGGACUUCCCCUUUGCAGGACUUCUUAUUGCACAAACGUACGGUAUCGGGGUGCACCUGUUAACGACAACCAUGGGUGCGAGUUCCACUUACUUCCCAAUACUAAGUCCUCCGGCUAAUCAACAACCAUUAUUCAUAACGCUUACACAUGUUAACGAGAACCACUUCAUACAUGUUAAGCUGGAAGGGGAUUAUCCUAUACCACCAGCACACGGGCUAUGGUUGACCCACCGAAGACCCCAUACAGAACAAUGGGAAGAUAUGUACUUGCCACGUCUAGAAUGGUAUACAUCGAUAAUGAAUCCUCGGCCAAGAUCAAACCCCAGUCUUAAUUACAUAGAUAGUUACACGGAAGAAUGAUUUUUGUAAUUAAUAGUAUUUUAUUGUAAUUAAUAGAAUUUUAUUUUAAUUAAUAGUA